AUGGGAUCCUUGGAUAACGGACACUCAACUGAGCGCCGCUUUGGCACUCUGGCGGUGCACGCCGGUGCCCCUCACGACCCGUCAACCGGUGCAGUGAUCGCGCCUAUUUCGCUGUCUACAACCUACGCCCAGACAAGUGUUGGCAGCCCUGUCGGCCUUUACGAGUACACGCGCAGCUCCAACCCCAAUCGCGAUAACUUCGAAGAAGCCAUUGCGGCACUUGAGCAUGGCAAAUAUGCCCUCGCCUUCUCCUCGGGCUCCGCGACUACUGCUGUCAUCCUCCAAUCCCUGGCUGCGGGCUCCCACGUUGUCUCCGUCUCCGAUGUAUACGGCGGGACGCACCGCUACUUCACCAAGGUUGCUUCGGCCCACGGAGUUGAGGUCUCUUUUUCGCCUGCGAUCGAGCAGGAAGUCGAGAAGCUUAUUCGCCCCGGUGAGACCAAAUUGGUGUGGAUCGAGUCUCCUUCAAACCCUACCUUGGGACUGGUAGACAUUCGUGCUGUAUCGGAGAUUGCGCACAAGCACGGGAUUACCGUCGUGGUUGACAACACAUUCAUGAGCCCUUACGUCCAGAAUCCCCUGCUCCACGGCGCGGAUAUCGUCGUUCACUCCGUUACUAAGUACAUCAACGGCCACUCGGAUGUUCUCAUGGGUGUUGCCGCCUUCAACUCCGAUGUCUUGAAGGAGCGCCUCACCUUCCUCCAGAAUGCCAUUGGUGCUGUUCCUUCUCCAUUUGACUGCUGGCUGGCCCACCGCGGUCUGAAGACCUUGCACCUGCGUGCCCGCGAAGCCACUAAGAAUGCCACGGUGAUCGCACAAGCCCUGGAAUCCUCUCCUCAUGUCAUCUCCGUCAACUACCCCGGUCUGGACUCCCACAAGCAUCGGGCCAUUGCUCUCAAGCAACACCGCGACGGUAUGGGCGGUGGAAUGCUCAGCUUCCGUCUCAAGGGCGGCCAGACCGCCGCGCACCUUUUCUGCAAAUACACCAAGGUGUUCACUCUGGCUGAGAGUUUGGGUGGUGUGGAGAGUCUGGUCGAAGUUCCUGCCAGCAUGACCCAUGCUGGUAUCCCCAAGGCCGAGCGCGAGGCUUCUGGUGUCUUUGAUGACCUUGUGCGGGUGAGCUGUGGUGUGGAGGAUGCUGAGGACCUGAAGGCUGAUGUGUUGAAUGCAUUGGGGUUGGCUGUUGCAGACGCCGAGAAGAAGGGUAACGGCAAAUCUUAA